AUGGCCACCCUAUCUACUCCCUCCAAGCAGACUGCCUCCUCGCUAGAAAAGCUCAAGAUGAACGAUACGCCUAUGAAGCCACUCAAGUUGAACCUCCCCGACAAGGAGAACGCUCCCGUCUCCUCCGACGUCGCUGAACCGGAGCUGAAGAAGGUUGACAUCCAGUCUACCAAGCCUGCUGAGGCCCAGGUCGUCAAGGCCAAAACACCCAAGGAACUCGAGGCCGAGGAGCCUCUACUCCAAGAGAACCCUCAGCGCUUCGUCCUGUUCCCCAUCAAAUAUCACGAGAUCUGGCAAAUGUACAAGAAGGCCGAGGCCUCCUUCUGGACUGCUGAAGAGAUCGAUCUGUCCAAGGAUAUCCACGACUGGAACAACAGACUCAAUGACGAUGAACGAUUCUUCAUCUCUCACGUCUUGGCUUUCUUCGCCGCGUCAGAUGGUAUCGUGAACGAGAACCUCCUCGAGAGAUUCAGUGGCGAGGUUCAGGUUCCCGAAGCUCGAUGCUUCUACGGCUUCCAGAUCAUGAUGGAAAACAUUCACUCCGAAACAUACUCUCUCCUCAUCGACACAUAUAUCAAGGAGCAGAAGCAGAGAACCUACCUCUUCGAGGCUAUCGACACCAUUCCCUGCAUCCGCAAAAAGGCCGACUGGGCUAUCAGAUGGAUCCAAGAUAAAGAUUCCACCUUUGCUCAGCGUCUCGUUGCCUUCGCCGCCGUCGAGGGUAUCUUCUUCAGCGGUUCCUUUGCCUCUAUCUUCUGGCUGAAGAAGCGUGGUCUCAUGCCCGGCCUCACCUUCUCCAACGAACUCAUCUCCCGUGACGAAGGUCUCCACACCGACUUCGCCUGCCUUCUAUUCUCUCAUCUCAACCAUCGCCCCAACCCCAGCGCUGUCGAGGCCAUCAUCACAGAAGCAGUCGGCAUCGAGCAAGAAUUCUUGACCGAUGCUCUCCCCUGCGCCCUUCUCGGCAUGAACUCCAAGCUCAUGUGCCAGUACAUCGAGUUCGUUGCCGACAGACUCCUUGUGGCUCUUGGCAACAAGAAGUUCUACAACACUAGCAACCCCUUUGACUUUAUGGACAACAUCUCCCUUGCUGGAAAGACCAACUUCUUCGAGAAGCGUGUUGGUGACUACCAGAAGGCUGGCGUCAUGGCCAGCACUAAGAAGGAAGAAGAGUCUACCGAAGAGGAUGAAAACGGUGGAGCCUUCCGAUUCGACGAAGACUUCUAA